AUGGAGGACCCAAAUGACGGGGAAGUGUUUCACAGGGUCUUCGAUCAACGGGAGGUAAAGAGAUGGGGCCAAAACAAGGUCAAAAAAAGCGGCCCAUGUCUCCGUGAGUGGGAGGCAGGGACCCUCGAGUUUAUUGCUGAAAAGACGACCAUUCCCGUCCCCAAGGUGUAUGACACCGACUGGCAAGACGGCAGGAUGACGGCUCUUUACAUGGAGUACAUACCAGGCAAGACGCUCGAUAAAGUAUGGGACGAGCUGAAGAGAGAGCAAAAGGUUGCCAUCGCCAAGCAGCUUAAAGGAUACGUCGCUCAACUGCGCGAGCUCAAGGGCACCUACAUCGGGGCUCUUGACAGGGGCAAAGCCUUGAUUGGAAAGAAAAUGCCUCACGAAUGUGGCCCGUUUGAUACGGAGCGUGAGUUGAACAGCUACAUUAUGGAAGACAUUGCCAGCACGACGCCCAACAUGCUGCGAAGGUACGCAAGGCACGCCCUCUCGCACGACCACGAGAUUGUCUUUACCCACGGCGACAUUGCUCCUCGCAACAUCAUCAUUGGCGAAGACAAAAAGGUGGCCGCCCUCAUCGACUGGGAAGAGUCGGGCUGGUAUCCGGAGCAUUGGGAAUACAUGAAGGCGUUUCAGUACCUUGAGCCCAUGAUGGACUGGCCGGAUUACUUGGCCAUCAUCUUCCCGCCCAAGUACGAGAAGGAGUAUAUUGGCCAAUGCUUCUUGGACAGCAUCGUGUAUCAUUGA